UCGACGCUAGCUGUCAUUGACUCAGAAUCCAGCAACGUGCACAGAUGACAAGACACAACGAGAGAAUUAUGUGAAAUGUGAUCAGUUUCUGUGCGACUUAUGGACAUAUCAUUCCUAAAACCUUUGGAUUAUUAAAAUAGAAUGUCCAGUUGAUACAUUCCUGUUUCAGAGUUGGAUAUAGGAUUUAUAGGAUUAUAAUAUAUUUGGGAUUCAAGGAGUAGUGUACAGCAUCAACCAUGUUACCAUCAAUACGAAAGACACUCAGCAUUUUCAUGUGCAUAUGGUGCUCAGCGUUAGCAGGUGUUUACAAGGAUAAGUUUGGCAGCAUUACAAAACCUCCAGACAUAUUGGAACAGCCAGACCAAAUGGUGCCCUUCAAACAGGGAGACAGACUUCUGUUACCCUGCGAUGCAAAAGCAGAUCCCGACCCACGUUUCUACUGGGAGAAGGAUGGUGAACAGUUGGUCAUCGAUGGUACCGUAAUCAGCCAGCAACAGAAGAAGGGUACCAUCAUCUUCAGCAACCCCUUGGAGACGGAUGAGGGCUUCUAUCAGUGUUUUGCUUACAAUGAAUAUGGUACUGCUGCAACUCAGAAAACACAACUCAGAACUGCAAGUGUGAUGCAAUUUCCGAGUAUAUUAUCGCCGACCCGUCAACAUGUUGCGUUAGGGUCACAUCUCACCCUCCGCUGUUUGCCACCACAAACAUAUCCAGAACCGGACGUGUUCUGGGCAACCAUUCGAAGGGAUAAAAAAAUCCGACAAGUUCAAACGGAUAAUAGAAUAACCAUGGACGAUCUUGGAAAUCUUCAUUUUGUGAAUGUGCAAAAAUCGGAUGAGUCAAUGCCAGGGAGCAAGUACGUGUGUACCGUCAAUAAUCCGUUUUUGCGGACGCUUGUGCAGGGAGAGGAUGCGGAGAUUGACGUCGUUGGAGAAACGGCCCCGAAGCGAGCACCAGCCCUGAUGUGGUCAACUCCCGAGAAUCGCCCUGUUGCACUCCGGGACGAGUUCUUCAAGCUGAAGUGUAUAUUCUCAGGAUAUCCCACUCCAGAUGUCUCAUGGAAGCGUAUUGACAAACCCAUGGGAGACAGUCCCCAUAUCUACACCGACCACUUCGGUCAGGAGCUCAUCUUUUCCUCUGUGACGUUCGACGAUGCGGGCACAUAUCAGUGCGAAGGAAAGAACGGCUUGGAAGUCAACCGUCAGACGAAGUCUUUUGAGUUGAGAGUUGAGUCAAAACCCUACUGGAUUAUCAAACCUAAGAACGAGGAUAAGGCAGAGGAGGAAUCCAUCUCGUUUGUCUGCAAGGCGGGCGGCACCCCUACCCCUGACGUCACAUGGUACAUUGAUGGUCAGCCAAUCAAAAAUGCGAAAGACAACAGCCGUCGUAUCAUCUUGCCAGGGAACAUUACGUAUAUCAAUUUGACAAAGAGCGAUGCUCAGGUGAUCCAGUGCAACGCGAGCAACAGCCAUGGCUAUCUCUAUACCAAUGCAUAUCUGAAUGUCCUAGCCGAGCCACCAAGCUGGAAGGCGCCGCCGGACCAAAAGAUGAAACACGCUGUUGGUCAGAUUGUGAAUAUAACGUGUAGCACCUAUGCUGCGCCCAAGGCCAAGGUCAAAUGGGUGAAAGAUGGCGUCGUUCUUUCUGGGUCACAUUAUAAAUUCUACAAAGAUGGAAAUUUAGAAAUCCAGGGGUUAACCAAUGAUGAUGGUGGAAAAUACGAAUGUGAGGCCAAGAAUAAGUUUGGUCAACUUAAUGGUGAUGCCAUGUUAGAAAUCAGGCAACCCACAAAGAUUACAACAAAGCCUACACACAAGGCCGUUAGGGUCGGGGAUACAAUAAAACUCAAAUGCGAAGCGGAAACAGACCCACAGGAGAAAGUGGAAAUCGAUUGGAAGAAAGAUGAGGAGUUUAUCGACUAUAAACUUGAACCGAGAAUAUUCAAAAGUUUCUCAGAUAACGUGUUGGAGAUAACACGUGCGGAGAAGACGGACUCUGGGAUUUACACGUGUGUGGCAACAAAUGGAUUGGACAGUGACAAGGCACGUGCACGUGUUCGAGUCCAAGAUAAACCCAACCCACCCAAGAAUGUCAAGGUCGACUGCUACACUCGAAAGGAUGAGAACGUCGCCAUCAUAUCCUGGGAACCAAACGGCGACAACUUCUCACCCAUAAAAAAAUACAUUGUCCGCUAUAACACGACGUUCGCCCCAGACAAAUGGCGGGUAGCCCUCGAACCAGAUGCAACCGUCGAGUCGUCGGAGUUCAAGAUGUCCCCAUGGGUGAAUUAUACAUUCCAAGUUAUCGCAGUGAAUAAGAUAGACCCGAGUGAGCCGAGUCAACAUACUGCUGAGGUAUGCCGGACAGCUGCAGCACGGCCUGAUAAGAACCCAGGCAACGUGAUGGUAGAGGGGACAACUCCAACCAAUCUGGUGAUCUCAUGGACACCUAUGGAUAAAAUUGAACACAAUGGAGAGAACUUUGAAUACGUGGUCGAGUGGGAAUGCAUGGACCCGGACUGCCAGCGAGAUGACCUCAAAAAAUAUUCCGGCAAAAAGGAAAUAUCCGAUCACAACAAGCGAGAAAUCAUUAUCGAGGGUCAACAGACAUAUAAACGCUACCUGGUCAAAAUGUACACACGGAAUGCUAUUGAGAUAUCGUCUGCACCAACGAUUAUUGUCUAUGGAUAUUCAGGCGAAGAUGUACCAACAGUAGCACCGGAGAACUUCCGUGUUGAUGAAGCUAGCAUCACAGACAAGACAGCAAACUUCUUGUGGUAUGAAGUGGACUCUAGCGUUGAGGUUAUCAAGGGCUUCUUUGUCGGAUACAGGAUUGAGUACUGGAGAAAAGAAGAAGGAUAUGAAAAGAGACGAGAGACCGACAUCAUCAUCAACAAGCCGUCUUCACAGCGUAGACGACGACAGAUUGUCCGGAAAGAAAUGAAGCGGACAGUAGCUGACCUCCCAGCUUACUCAGAUGUCGAAGUCCAGGCCCGGGUCAUCAACAAGAAAUAUGCCGGUCCACCGAGUAAUAUUAUAUUGAUUAGAACAAAGGAGGGAACACCUGGCCCAGUCAAAAGUUUCAAAGUAGUAAACCAAUAUACGACAGCCUUGGACCUUGAAUGGGAGGGACCAGAAGAAGCUAAUGGUGUUAUAAUUGGCUAUGAAAUAUCUUAUAGCAUGGUAAAAGGUUUUGAAAUGACAGAAAGACAGACGGAGCCUUACAUCGACAAUCCAAACAGACGUCAGUACAGAAUCAUCGGAUUAGAACCAAAACAGAAAUAUAGGGUUUAUAUCGCUGGUCACACGAGCAAAGGAAAAGGAGAUGAGAGAUUAACGGAUGGGGAGACUAAGGUCUGGGGACCACCCAUUCCUCCAGACUUUACCUUCACCAACAUUGGUGAGACUGUUGUGAAUGUAACGUGGGUCCCUGUCUCUGUGGACGGCCAGAGAGAAACAUUUGUUUUACAUUAUAGAAAAACUGGCCAAGUAGAAUGGACCAAGCAGCCUCCCGUGACGGACACAAUGUGGUCCAAUAUAACAGGGUUGGAGCCUGGGACUCGGUAUGAGGUCCGUAUCAUGACUACGAAUGGCCGAAAUCAAGAGGCCAUCACUGAUCUCAAGGAGGUGACAACUGCAGGAUAUGCUGCAGUUGUAGGCAAUGUCGCGAAGGCUGGGUGGUUUAUAGGAAUGAUGGUCGCUAUAGCCCUGCUUCUCCUCAUUCUCAUAGUUGUGUGUAUCCUUAAGAGGAACAGGGGUGGAAAAUACCCUGUUCAAGAGAAGGAGAAGCUGCGUGGGCGAGAGUUUGAACCAACCGAUGAAGCUAAGUUUGGUGAAUACAUGAGGGAUGGCGAACGGGAUCAGCCUGAUAUCGCGAAGAGCUCGGGAUCGAUAGACAGUGCUAUGAAAGUCGAUGCGAGCGACUCGGAUAGUAUGUCCGAAUACGCCGAAACUGACCCGUGUAAAUUCAACGAGGACGGUUCUUUUAUUGGCCAAUAUGGCGGCAAGAAAAUUGAGGCCACGCCCGAUAUGAACUCACCGUCUGCUUUGUCGACCUUUGUAUGAUCGUGGCAGUUGUGUCAUUCAUUUUGGGGGACGUUGCUUAUCUUUCUCUUCAAGAACGGAGUUAUGGGAUUUAAUUCAGAUCUCAAGGUGUGUCCACUCAAAGUUCUCAGUAACUGAACACUGAGGGGAACAGCUUUUAGCAAUUUUUUUGCAGUGACAGGCAAUUUUUGUGGCAGCGCUGUGCAAUGAAAUUAGCUUUACCGCAGGCAAUUUUCUUGUUGCUGCCUAUGCUUAAUGAUUGAAAGCAUGGCUGUAUCUUUGUUGUACAACGUUGCGAUAAUUGUUGUCUCAUGUGAUGCGAUAGAUUGGCAAUAUACUGUGUCAAUGCGUUUAAGCCAGCUGUGGGCAAGAUACCUGUACAAAGGCCUAAUUUACCUGUAACAGGCCUAAGAAAAGUUGUCUCCCCUCUGGUGUAUAAAUCUGUCGGCACAGUAUUUGUUGUAUAUGUAACAAAAAUCAGUUGCUUAAGUCUGCCACGGGCUCAAAUAUCAGGCUGUAGACAAACUCAGUCUUUGAGGGGGUAAAAUGUACGUCACAUAGAUUCACAGGGAGUAAUAUCAUCAAAUCAUUCAACUUCAGCAUAGGUUUGUUAUAUCUAUCUCUGAUUUCGAUGAAACUAAAUUUGUAAUUUUGUUUCUUCAGCCUCAUCAGUGCAUGUUUAUUUGUGUUAUCCUUUGCAAGAAUUGUUGAAAUUUCAAUAUGUUACCUUGCCAAUGUACACUUUACCCUUAAAUGGUUUUAAAUUCCCUGUAAAGGAUUUGAUUUUUUAGAAAUGACUGUGUCAGGGCGCAGAGAUUAACUCAAGUGACAUCAGUUACCUCCUUUGGUGAGAGAUAUAGAUUCGGAAAUUUUACCCAAAACCGUUACAGUAUCAGGGUUAAAGCCAGUUUUUGGUGAAAUGAACAAUAGGCUAUAUAUAUACCAUGAAUAUUUUAUGCACUGAGUGUAGCUUUUGUAAAUUUGCCACCUUCAACUAGAAAAGUAUCAGAUCCACAUAUUGGCCCUGCAGCUGAUGCCAAAUGAGUGUAUAUCAUUAAAAAAAGUUGCUCUAACUUUGAACAACUUUUGUAAAAGUUUGGUGUGGUCUGCAUGGCGGAUAUGCUGCAACGAAAAGAAAGUUUCAAUACAAAACGUAUAGGAUCCUCGAUAGGCCUACUGAUGAGCCUGAUCGGAAAUACUAUGUGCAAUAGGUGGUAGGCCUUGAAAAGGUGUGUCACAUUUUCCUUCUAUCCAGUUUUGUUUUGUUUGAUAAGAAUUGUUUACAUAAAUCUUGUAUAAAUUUUCUAUUUAUUAGUUUAGCUAAAUCAUCAGGAAAAUACUCAAUGAUAGAUAGCAGAGGUGUUUUGCCAGACAAGUUCAUUGAAUGUUGCUUGGAAUUGCAUCUAAAUUUUGUUAAAGAAUGUGUGCCACGUGCUAUAUGUAUAUGACGUUUUAUGAUAUACAUGUCUUGGGUCAAUCAAAAAGGAUAAAAUGAAUCGAUAAGUGACUUAAGUCCAGAAAAAUCUUUUGAUCACAGUAAUUUAGAUACACCCUGUAUAUCACGUAAUGAAUGACCAGUCAUUUGCGAUAUACCAUCUUGAUCGAGGUUUUUGCAGUCAUUUUGAAGCUCUUUUCAGUUGAAGGAGUAUAGCUGGACCACCUGCCACUAAACGUCACAAACAGAAACUGAAAGCAGUUGAAGUUAUAUCGAUGUAAUUGAACAAAAUUGAAAUGGAUUGAAUGUCUUGAAAUUGAUUUGAUGCUUCACACAUCCAUAUUAGUAGCUUGUUUAUAUGAACAUGAUUUAUAAUUUUUUUACACUAUACUGCCAAUAUUUUACUAAAUUAGCGCUUGUGUUCAGUUUUAUAUGUUUAUAGAGGCAGAUAUUGCUCACGGCCGACAUUUAGUAUCCUAAGCAUUAGUAAAGCAUUGAUUAAUUAGGAGGCUGAGAAUUUGAAUUUAGGUCCUGAUUUUGUAUAUAAAUUCAAAUAUGGUGUGUUCACUUCUAUGGCAAUGAAUUGCAGCGGAUGUAAGGUAAGGUGGUACAAGUAUAGUCAUGAUGCACAGUACAAUUAUACUAAUGGGAUGGACCAGAGCGAUUCUCCUUGUCACAAAAUGCUGUACAUCGGGCUGUUAGCUCUGGCCAGAUGGGCCAUUCUUAGCUCAGGCAAAAGCCUACCAGACUUUUAAACUUUAACAAUUAUAGUCUCAGCUGUCCGUAGAUGUGAAUACCAGCUGUUUAUCUACACUUAAGGCCGACUCGAAGUGGCUGUUAUUGUAUCACUUUACCUUACAUUCUAUCCUUCUCUCUGAUAUUGAAAUCUCUGAAAGAUCUAACAUCAGUUAGUUCUAUUGGCAUAUUGCGACACUUCUAAGUCUAGUUGUCUUCACCUUCACUAACGCGACAUUCAUAUGUACCGUUGUCCUACCAUAUAUAUAGUUGAUGAAUUUUGUUAUGUCAUAGUCCCCAAAAUCUGUUGUAGAGAAUCUAGUCGGUAGAUGUAGAAGUUGGUCAUUUAUUGCUAUUAUUCAUUGAUAAUCCACGUAUCAGACCAAUUUGCCCUGAAGUAGAAUUACGCCGAUUAAAGGAAUUGUUUCAUGAAAUGCUUCCAAAAUGCGGAGGUGUAAAUUAACACCCAGUUAUUUAGUCCGAGUUCCAGAGAUCCUUAAAAGCUCAAAUCUUAGCAUUUUCAUCAGCCCCUGAUGUUUAACUGUGAAUAUAUUGAUAUGGUCAGAUUUCUCAAAAGGUUUUGGCUUGGAAAUUUGGAUUUUAAAUCAAAGAUGGGUAAAAUCAAGUCCUAUGUGCUCUCAGGCUAGUAUGGGAGGGUCUUAAUUCGGAUGAGACAUUUCCUUUAAUUUCUCAGAAAUCCUUCCCAGGUCAAAAUGGGCUCACAAAUUGCUUGAUAACAUGUAAGUACAUAUAAAUUAUGUGUAUGUGACAAUGCAUCGUACUGUAUAUUUGAAAUCUGUAUAUUUAUUAUCAUGACACAAACGCUUUCAUAUUAUGUAACAAUACUCAAGGCCGUAGUUAAGGUAUUUCUAAUUAUUUAGUCUUAGUGUACCAGAACUUUGUAAAUUCUAAUGCAAAAAAAUUUGGAUGCUGAAUGGGGACACAUAUAUUGGUCAUUUUAUCACAUGAUCAAGUGUCAUUGUAAAUUAUUAAGAUAGCAUCUAGCAUUCAAAAGGGGGAGAUGAUAUGAUAAUCUGUCAUCCUUAAAAGACCGGAGGAGCUUCCUACAAAACAGAAAAUGAACUAGACAUGUUUGUACAUUUAUAUGCACCAACAAGACUAGUUCAUUUUCUGUUUCCUAGACGUCUCCCUGGGAUUUCAAGGCUGGUACAUUUAUUCAUACAUCUAAAAAAAUUUGCCAACUUGGGAUAUUUUAUGGGAAUUAUUCUAUUAAAGGAAGUUUGAAUUCAGGUAUUGGUCUAUUGGUUUAUUAGAAAGAAACCACGUUUUGGCACCAAUCUUGAAGUUCUUUUGAACGAAAAAUUCCCAUAGCAUGUCCUGAUUGCUUGAUAAAGUUUCAUCUUUGCGGCAGUUAGUGGGCGAAUAUGAAACUUUUAUGAUAUGUACGUGUAAUGCUACUUUGUCAUGUCAACUACUGUACGGUGUGUCAGAUCAACGACCCCUUUUUAUUCCCAUGACAAAAAGGAGUAAAAUUGUUGUAAAUUUCAUGUAUUCAUCUGUCCAUUUGUGGCGCCUUGUACACAGGGUGUCACUCAGUCCUCACACUGAACCAUUGACCUCAAGGCCAUAUUUUGACCUUGACAUAAGGUCAUACAUUGACCUUGGCAGAAGGUCAUUAUGAUGUCCGCACUUAUUAAUGAAAUGUACACUAGUAAAGUUUUAGCAACUUUGGUAGAUAUUUAAGUGGAAUCAUUUUAUGUAACAUCAUUUGCAAUGAGUGAUUUACAAUUGUCACUGUAUCUUCUUUGAAAAGAGUCAGGCAUAAUGCCACUGGAUUUUGCUAGCUGUUGCAUUUUCCUUGGACAAGAGCACUGAAAAUAAUAUUUGACAAUAUUCAUGUCAAAAUGUCUAAUAAUUGUCAUGAUACCUCAAAAUAUUCUCUUCAUGGUUUUAAAAGCACAAGAAAACAACAAUUGCGACGGUUGAAAAAUGAUUCUUAUCUUGCCUAAUUUGAAGACUACGUCCAAGUAUGUAUAGUACACAUACUUGCUAUAAGCAUUCAAUAAUUAUAACCAAAAUCACUUACUUAGAGAAUCCUGUCAAAAUGAUUUUGUCAUUGAUGAGGUAACUAGACAAUUCCUCACAUUAGCCUUUACAUUUAACUUAUAGGACAAAGAUGAUCUCAGAAUGAGUAUACAUGUAUAACUAUGACACAUUUCAUAUAUGUGGUAUUGAUCUUAUGUUAAACAUAUUCUCUCAGAACUUGUGACAAAAGAAAAAAUGCAUGAAAAAUGGCUGCUGUGUUUUUUUAUGAUUUAGAAACAUGCUUUGUCCAUUUGAACACUUGUAAAGAAACAUAUACCGUAUAUAUAUUGUUAGUACCAUUGAUUGUAGUAACUAGCUGGCAGUUUCUCUUUUGUGCUUCUGAGCAUUCUUUAUGUUUGAAUGAUGCUGGAAAUGCACACACACACCCCAAUCAUUACUAUUGAGCAUGUUAUUCCCAUGUCAUUUAGCCCCACCCUCAAUGGUGAGUCUGAAUGAUAUGAUUCUUGCCUGCAUGGUCAGUUAUGGGUUCAAUAGUCUGUAUCUAAAAUUUAAAACCUGCCAAAAUCACACCAUGCAAACCUCACACAAUUGCCUGAUUUUGGAUGAAAAAGAACUAAACGACCUAUUGGUAAUAUGUGUGAGAAAGACUCAGUUGACUAAGGCUUACCUAUUUUCACCAUGGAGUAUGUUUUCAGCAAACUAGUAAUGCAAGUCCAGCAUUAUUUUCAAGAGGUUUGAUCAACUAUCAGAUUCUGGGAAUUAAUCGCAACCGCAUUUCAUGUUUAAAUGAGAACAAGAAUUGGUAUUUAGGCCGAUCGCAUUGAAACUCUGAUAACUAAGACUUUAGUUAUUCACUGUGUACAAUGUUUUUUUAAUCCUGUUGUUUUUAUUAUGCUAUCAGCUGUUCUUGGACAAUAAAUUGUGUGUAAUGUUUAAUAGAUAA